GUGACGUUUAACGUUAAAGUCACCAAUCCUUAAACGUUUUCUGUAUCUUGUGAAAGUCGUCUAGUCUACUGUACAGUGAGCGCAGCGACUUGUCCAGCAUGUCUUUGCACUUCUGUCAAAGGCUAAAGUCCAUCUGCAGAUUGCGGGUAAUUCAGCGGCACAUGAUGUCCUCUCAGGCAGGUUUGGACGUGUUGCUGGAGCGUGUGGGGAAUGCCGGUGUAAUUACGCUGAACCGACCCAAGGCUCUGAAUGCACUGAACCUGACCAUGAUCCGACACAUAUACCCCCAACUCAAGAAGUGGGAGAAGGAUCCGGAAACAGAUAUUGUGAUUGUGAAAGGAGCUGGAGAGAAGGCCUUUUGUGCUGGCGGAGACAUCAGAGCUGUCACUGAGGCGGGUAAAUCAGGAGAGUCGUUGGCACAGGACUUUUUCCGUGAGGAGUAUAUAUUGAACAAUGCUAUUGGGACGUAUCAGAAGCCCUACGUGGCGCUGAUUGAUGGGAUUACGAUGGGAGGGGGCGUUGGGCUCUCUGUCCAUGGGCAGUUUUGUGUGGCGACUGAGAAGACCCUGUUUGCCAUGCCAGAGACCGGCAUCGGUCUAUUUCCUGACGUGGGCGGGGGUUACUUCCUGCCCAGACUGCAGGGAAAGCUGGGCCUGUUCCUGGCUCUGACGGGCUUUCGGCUGAAGGGGCGGGACUUGCAGAGAGCAGGCGUGGCCAGUCACUUUGUGGACUCGGAGAAGAUCUCUGCCCUGGAGAAGAACCUGGUGGAUCUGAAGUCUCCCUCAGCUCAGGAUGUUGCUGAGAUGCUGGAGUCCUAUCAGAAGGAGAGCAGUGUGGACGAGGAUAAACCAUUCAUUCUGGAGCAGCAUAUGGAGGACAUCAAUAGGCUGUUUGAAGGCAACAGCGUGGAGCAGAUCUUUGAGAAUCUGAAGCAGGACGGCUCGUCUUUCGCUCAGAAGCAGCUGCAGACCCUUUCCAAGAUGUCUCCCACCUCCAUGAAGCUGACCUUCAGGCAGCUGCAGGCAGGAGCUGGGAUGAGCUUGCAGGACGUUCUCAUUAUGGAGUACAGGCUGAGCCAGGCCUGCAUGAGAGGUCAGGACUUCUAUGAAGGUGUGAGGGCAGUGCUCAUUGACAAGGACCACAGUCCCAAAUGGACGCCCGGCUCCCUGGAGGCAGUGACAGAGGCGUUCCUGGACGGGUGUUUCGAGUCCCUGGGAGACGGCGACCUGCGGCUCUGAGUGCGUUGGCUGCAGAGAGACCACUGUGAGGCAGACCCUGGGCCAGUCUGGACACCAUCCUCUCAUCUGCCCAACGCUGCUCUGUGGCCUCUGCGUAAGGCCCCUUUUUAUUUUUUCAUUCACAAGAAUUGCCUUGUUCAAAUCUGUCUUAGUUUAGUUUAAGACUAAAGAGUCAAAUUAACAGCAUUAUAACAUCAUAUGAGCGUCACCCUGCUGAAAAACAGCUCAAGCUAGGUUUUUGAAACAGCUGGUACAGUAGCUGGUUGACCAGUUAGACCCGCUCUAUACUCAACAUGGUUUGAUCAGCUCAAGCUAUGUAUUGAAACAGCGGGUAGCUGUUAUUUCUAGCUGGCUAUAGCUGGUUUUCCUCCAGGGCAGUUACAUGGGAAGGAUACUGCCAUUCAGAUGGCUGUCUUAUGGUUGCAUGGUACUGAUCGGUGCUGGUACUUCAUAGAAAAUGUUAGCUUAAUGCAAUGUUUGCUAACAUACAUGUAAAUGGAUUGGCUAGCUAUUUGUCAUUAGCUAGCAAGUUAUAUAACAGUGGUUCAACUUCAUUUAAGAUUUUUUUUUUGGGGUAUCUUAAGUUAAAAUAACGUUAAGUUACCUACCGUUAGUCUGUCAACUUCACAAGCUGCCAAUGAGAUUGGCUAGCAAGCUAGCGCUGUUAGCUAACGUUAGCCAUUUCAGAGUUUUAGCAGGCGAGAUGAGAUGAUUACGCACAGGGUCCCAUGCAGCAGGUCUGGGCAGAUGAGCCGCUGACAUGAUGACGUGUCAUACUGUGACAUGGGGCACAUCACAUCCCAACAUCUCCCCUCUCCCAGACUUUCUAAAUGUGUAAAGAAGUCUAUUUAGUCCUUUAAUAAAUGAACAUUUUGGAAAAUGUU